GUGAAAAGAGGAAAAGGAAAAGAGUGAUUCAUCCCUCCGCCCUGCCCCACCUGCAGUCACAUGCUGCCUUCACACGUUCCCUGCCCAGCCCAGGGAAGCUUAACUCUUUCGGCUGAUGUGCCCUCGCACCUGCGGACCCGAUCCUGGAGCCCCCCGGAGCCCCCCGGAGCCUGCGGGUGCUGGAGGGUCCCGGGCGGCUCCGGAGGGCUUUGGGUGUUUGUCUUUAAAGAAACAGUUUCUGUCCUCUGAGAUUCCCCUCUCUCCCGGUGUGCUGGCUGACACCGUGGCCUGCGUGGACCCUGAGGAGUGCACUCGUGUGUGCGGGGCCGCCGUGGGCUGCUCCAACAUCGCCUACCCCAAGCUGGUGGUCGAGCUGAUGCCCAGCGGGCUGCGGGGUCUGAUGAUCGCGGUGAUGAUGGCAGCUCUCGUGUCAUCCCUGACCUCCAUCUUCAACAGCAGCAGCACCCUCUUCACCAUGGACAUCUGGAGGAAGCUGCGGCCACGGGCCGGGGACCGGGAGCUGCUCCUGGUGGGCAGGGCUGUCACAGUGGCGCUGGUGGCUCUCAGCGUGGUGUGGAUCCCCAUCCUGCAGAGCUCCAGUGGUGGCCAGCUCUACGUGUACAUCCAGGCUGUCACCAGCUACCUGGCUCCUCCUGUCACCGCUGUCUUCAUCCUGGCCGUCUUCUGGCCCCGAGCUAACGAGCAGGGAGCCUUCUGGGGCCUGAUGGCAGGGCUGGCCCUGGGRCUGGCCAGGAUGGGGCUGGAGCUGGCCCACCCCACACCCCUCUGCGGGGUCCCUGACCAGCGGCCGUGGCUGCUCACUGACCUCCACUACCUGCACUUUGCCGUGCUGCUGGCCGCUGUCACAGCUGCCAUCGUGGUGGGGGGCAGCCUGCUGUCCCCACCACCGUCCCCACACCAGCUGAAGGAUCUCACCUGGUGGACCCUCUCACAGGAGCAUCCUCAGCUCUCCAUGUGUGGCACAUCCCAGGGACCCUCUGAUGGUUCCUGUUCAGCCAGCCUGGACACCCAGCAGCCACCCAAGGCCGUGGGACCCCCGACUGUGACCCUCAAGGACACCACGGAACCCCCGUUCUGGGCCCGAGUCUGUGGCAUCAACGCCAUUAUCCUGAUGUGUGUCAAUAUUUUCUGUUAUGCYUAUUUUGCCUAGCACCCUGCCAGCMCCUGA